AUGUAUCCAUCGCAGUACGAGCGAUUUGCCCUCUAUCCACCGGAAAUUUUUGAGAAGUUUAUGCAGGCGAGUUUUGAUUCUUAUGGUCACGAGAAAUCAUCAGUCCUUGACGGUGGCUUGCAUCAGUGGGUGAAGAAAGGACUUGAAAUCAGUACCGAAGACGUGCAACUUCCAACAGGAAAUUGGAAGGCGAAGGAUCAUGUUGCCGCAAACAAUAUUACCUGUUUGGAGAAUUGCAGAAAAAGAGCUGGAAAAGAAUAUUGGAUACGGCAGACGAACGUAACUUUCUGGAUGCUCGCAUACGUGGUCAGUUCAAUGGCACUGAGGAAACAGGGCUGGAUCUUUAUCGUUUGGUUUUUUAUUACUUCUCGAAGAUUUACAGUUGAAUUUUGCGUUAAUCAGCAGCAAGGAGUUCUUAAGAAACACUUAAUCGUUGCUGUUGGUUGGAGCUCUUGA